AACCCCUUGGUUUGGGAAGCCUCCUGUUCCUGACGCUGUCCCUUUAAGAGUAGGCUCGUCCUGGAUUAUGGCCAGCUCUGGCUGCUGGCAGUCAGACUGUGAUCUUGUCCCACACUGGGACCAUGGAGCUGUCUCUGCUGCUCUCCCCUCUCCUCUCUCUCGCCUCCCACCCCAUCUGGUCCCUGGUCUGCCUCCUCCUCGUCCUGGUGCUCAGGUCCCAGAGGAGAGGGCGCUGGCGGCCGGCGAAUUGUCCUGUGGAUCUGAGCGGCAAGACGGCCAUCGUCACAGGAGCCAACACAGGUAGGGGCGGCCACAGGAAGGUGGGAGUACAAGGCAAGGCUGGGCUCAAACACACAAGAAUAAUAAAUCUCCCCCUCUGGCGGACAGACCUGGUGAAGAAGUCUCCGGCAGCUCGGAUCAUCAACGUGUCCUCCAUGAACCACCGGCGAGGGGAGGUGAAUCUGCGGCAGAUGCGGGGUGAGGACAUGGGCACUGCCCGCAACGACCAGCUCUACAACAACACCAAGCUGAUGAACGUGCUCUUCACCCACGAGCUGGCCACCCAGCUCCGACACGCCGGCGUGACGGUGAAUGCGGUUCACCCCGGGGUGGUGGUGACAGAGAUCAUGAGGAACUACGGACUGCUUCUGAGGAUCAUCUUCAACCUGAUUGGGUUCUCCUUCUUCAAGUCAGCGGAGGAGGGAGCGGUCAGUCCCAUCUACUGCUCCGUGUCACAGGAGAUGGAGGGAGUGAGCGGCAAGUACAUCGACAGUGACUGCUCCCUCAGCCUGCCCUCCCCCUCGGCCCGGGACCCCCGCCUGGCCACCAAACUCUGGGAUGUCAGCAGCUCCCUCACUGGCCUGGAGACGAAGGGGCGCGGGGAGACGGAAUAAUGGGAGAUUGAGGGGCACAGAGUGAUGGGGGACAUGGGCCCGGGGUGAUGGGGUAAUGGGAGAUUGAGGGGCACAGAGUGAUGGGGGACAUGGGCCCGGGGUGAUGGGGUAAUGGGAGAUUGAGGGGCGCAGGGUGACGGAACUACUACACAAAUAAACAUAUAUCAAUCAAUAAUAUAAUAAAUGAACAUGCUAAUGCUAGGUGACCACAA